AUGGGUCUGAAAAAUAUUAAUAUUCCUUUAAAGAAAAUAAUAAAAGUAAAGUUGUUUCAGCGGAACAUCAUUUAUUUACGAUUUUCCCAACAUUUCUUUAUUCAAAUUACCAUAUUAAUUACAAUUUUAGGCGGUGCAAGCUGUGAUCCCACCAAAUGCUACGCCAUAUUGGGCAUAGCACUGACCGGAAGUAACCAGCCCCCACAGAAUGUCAACAACUGUGAAAAAUAUCCGAUAUUCAAGAACUGUGUGGAGACACAAAGACCCUCUUGUGAGGGUAACAUAAUGUUCUCCAUGUUUGAUGAGGCCUAUACCCAGCUGACGAUGGCGUGCGUUGGAGGAGUAAUGCCAAGCAUGGACAGUAAAAACUGUAAUGUUACGGGCUUUGGAAGUUGUCUAGAAGAAGCAGGAUGGCAGCUUUCUAAUGCGAAAAAAGUCGAAUAUGGCUGUGAUGUCGUUUCUACAACUAUGUUGUGUGUGACCAAGUUUGUGUCUGGGUGCAAGAAUCAUUCGUUAUUUAAAAUAUCAAACCCAGCGAUAAAACAGCUUCAUGCCGCAUGCAAAGCCGUUUGUAAGGGCGGAUGCCUUAAUGGAUUGGAUUUUCCAGUUGAGAACUUCACUGACAUACAGAGAUCUAUAUUGUGUCUGGAAUCAGAACUUGAGAACUGUCCACAGAAUAAAGACAUACAAAGGAAAAUUCAGGGAUUGAAAAACCUUUGUUCUGACAUAUCUAGGAAGACAGGUAUGAAUUCCUUCAAGACUUGUCUUGCCAGCUCCAAAAUUAACCAGAACUGCAAGCAAUUCUUAAAACCAUCUUUGCAAAAAGAAACGGAAAGUAAUGAAUGCAAAAGAAUAUCAGAUUAUUCAUCAUGUGCUACGAUGGCUUUACCUACCUGUGAAAAUGAAGAAAUUAAGGAAUUUGUAUCAGAAACUGCUAAAACACUUGCGAGUUUGAAUUCAAGGCGUGAAGGUGGAAUCCAAUGUCAAUCAAGUGACGGUAGAACAUAUUUUCCAGAUAUGUGGAUCCUCCUUUUCACAGGUUUCCUAACGUGGAUGACCAUUUUUCAGUAAACGACUACCUCAAUAUUGUUUUAUUAUUCUGUAAAUACAUUUUGUCUUCAAUUUUUACAUUUUUUUUCUUGUAAAGCUGGUUGUAUUUAAAACGAGUGCAUAGUACCUGUAACACUGUGUUCGUAAAUAAUCGUAUGGAAGUAUUAGUUUUUCUAGAAUGCGUCUGAUAUUUAUUUAUUUAUACUGAUAAAUGUUUUCCAUUGUAAAGAAAAUUCACUAGAAUGUUAAUCUGAACUCGUGCUCACACAUGGUUGAAAUGCAUUCUAAUUGAAGCAGCUAUUUGAAGAUAUUUAACUGUUGCAUGGAAGACAGUUUAAAGGGUUUUUACUAAUUAACAAAUAUGAGCAUUUUUUUUAUAGAUGUAUGAAUGCGAUGAAAAUACAAAAAUACAUUGAAAAAUAUUUAAAUAUUUUAAGGGAAAAAAUUAAAACGAACUUUGGAAUGUAUAUUUUACCAUACAAAUUAUUGAUAAUUCCUUUAUAUUCUGUAAUGGUGACAUUAUUCAGUUUCCAAAAAUAUGAUUGUAAUUUUCAUUAUGGAAAAGAAAGUUGUUUUUUUU